AUGCCACCUACAUCAUUAGCUGAACAACUGAAAAAGUUGUCAGUACCACAAGCAACUGUUUACAAAGAUGAUUCUAAAACAGUAUCAUUGUUAUUUGACCCGAAAGAUGCAGCAUCAAAAGAUCGUGAUACCUUCUAUGAAAUCGGUCUUAGCGGUUUGAAAGAACUGAUUGCUCUUUAUGAAGGCUUUCGUGUCUUUGAAGACACACUCUACAGUUUAUCAUCGAAGGAUUUUGAAAGGGCCAUACAGUCAAAGGAAGUAAAUCAAAACCUUGAUCAAACCAUAGAGAAGUUUCUUCUACAACUAUCGCCUUACCUCCUAUUGCAAUCUUCCCAUAAAGCAUUAGAAUGGUUGGUCAACAGAUUCCAUAUACAUCAGUACAACCAAGAUGCUAUCAUAGCCCUGGUUAUGCCUUACCAUGGUACUAAGAUAUUCAUCCGUUUUAUUCAACUCAUGGAUAUUUCGUCUAACAACAACAGAUGGAAUUGGUUGCAGCCUAUUCACAAUAAUGGCAUUGCUUUAGCCAAUCAAGUGUUGUUUAACCAAUGCGUAUCAAACACUGGUACAUUGCGUUUUAUAGCAAAGACUACAUUAAAAUAUGUUGACGAAUUUGGUGAGAGGGCAACACAGUUGAAUACUGUGUUCGCUUUCUUCUGUCAGACAGCUAUUGGUGUUAUUGAUAGCUGUUCAAAGGUUACAGAAGCAAUUAUCAAUGCACUGUUACCGACUUUGAUCACAGCCAUUGAGUCACCUAUUGCGGACUUCAGGGCAUCUGCUUACAUUGUAUUUGGAUAUUUGUUCACAAAGACAAGUUUAAAAGUUGACACUCUUAAUGAAAUAGUUCAUAAGUUAUUAACUACAGAAUUUGAUUUGUCCUAUGAUGUAGUUCUAUUAAUAACUAUAUUGUAUGAGAAUCAGAAACAUGUGACACGGAUAUCUGAAGACAUUCUAAACGAUAUGUCCGUAGACCUAAUGAAUUCUUUUUGUGGACAUCUGAAGAAACUGGUUGGCAAAGGUGUUGUAGUUCAUGCCUUUGUAUUGGCAUUCUUAUCAAGCAUAUUACCACUAACACAGACAGAGGAGUUCUGGAGAUAUUGGGAGUUGCCUGAAAUACUCAUUAAAGAAGUAGAUUUGAAGAAGCAGAAGCCCAAUGUGAUAAUCAAGUGUAUCCUUGAUAAAUUUCGUCCAAAAACCGCCGACACAGGAGGUGAUGAUGGGAGUGAUAUAGAAAUAAUUGAAGAAGAAGACUCCUCAAGCAAAAGUUUUACCUGGUAUGCUCAACUUUUGAAGACUCUGGAGCGUCAGUAUCCAGAUGCCUUCGACAAAGUUGUCAAAGAAGAAAUGAGUUCCAAUAGCAAAAACUCACAGAAUAGACGAAGUCAGUUAUCCAAACUAUUAGGAUUCAAACCGGCAAUUGCUCACAAGGUCGGUGGUACAUAUCUCUUUGAGAACUUAAACCAUGUCAAUGCAAAGUUAAGAAUAGAAGCUGUCAAAUACAUCUGUAAAGAAUUUGAAUCUUUAACAAAGGAAAAUGCUGAGUUUGUAAAGGAGUCUGUCAUUAACAGAUUCAAUGACGAUAAUCCAGAAGUAGUUAGUGCAGUUUUAAAUAUUCCAACCGACCAUUUAAAAGACAUUUUCAAUGAGAUUGAUGCUACAAAUGUUUUCGUUUCUAUUAUCAGCAAGGGUUCAAAGAAAUGGAAAAAUAUUGUAAAACAGGCUAUCCUUAAGUUUUGUUCCAUCCAAAUCUUACCUGUUAACCAGGAAACAGUGUUAGCAUUGGUACCAUUCCUAUUCCCAUACGACCAAGAAUCUACAAAACUUACAUGGAAAAUAAUACAUUCAGACUGGGGCAAAAAGAUAGGACUGGCUGAUAUAACGAAAACUCUGAAAGGCUCAAGCAAAGACGAUCAUGAAAAAGUUUGUGAUAUAAUGUUCAGUGCAUCGUUUAUUGAUAAACAAAUCAAUUUUUCUGAUAUACUGGAUGAACUCCAUUUAAAAAAAAGUAAUACUUCAGAUGUCUGCUUCUAUAUGCUACUAAAAAUUAGUUCAUUCAAAAAUGCAUCAGUUGACGAAGCAUCCGCAAUAUUAAAUUUGCUUUUAGAAUCUGUAGAAAGCAGGUCAAUAGUUCACAGCUCUGAAGGUCAGAUUUUCUCUAGCCGAAUCAUGCCAGAAUUCAUUAAGUUGUCACGCCAGAAUAACAUGCUGUUCCAAAUCAUUGAAUACAUUUUCUCCAAAGUUAUUGACAACAUGGCUAUCAAAGAUAUUACAAAACCUUGGUGUAAUUAUUGUAAGUCUGCCGAAACCAUUCUUAUUAGGAGACUUUACGAGAUCUGUGUGAUUGGUUGCGCCAUCCCAAGUUAUGGCGAAAAUUACGUAGUAUUACUUCAAAAGCUGUUGGAGAAAUUCUUCAAAAAUGCUCAAGAAAAAUUUGAGUUCAUUACUAAUUUCGCCUGUGGGCAUAUUCUUUAUGCAGCGGAUCCUAAGGACGUUAUAGGACCGGAACUUCAGCUCAGAAGUCUAAAAUUACUGUCAAAUUUUAUUGCUGCUCAACAAAAAGCCAAUUGGCUCUUUGAUUCUGAUGUAUUAGUUUUAACAAUUUUAUUUUGCUUGAACAAUCCAAUCACUGUUAUUCGAGAAUGUGCUCUUGAUAUUGUGUGUAAAUUAUUAAGAGAGGAACCUGAUAAAAGCCUUAUAUAUGUACAGCUUUUUGAAGAAUUGAUGGUCCAUGAAGAAGAAUUGACACUUGAUCAUAAUCAGAUUAAGCAAGUCCUAAAUACAGUACUGACACAAAAAAGCCAAAAGAAAGUUUUUAGUCGCAACUGUCUUUUGAAACUUACCAACAUACUACACUCUGAGGUACCUUCGCAUAUUAAAUCUAGCUUCCUUCAAAUUUUAAGCGGAGUCAGCAAUGUUACCACAUUCCCACAUUUCAUACAGGCUUUAAAAAGCUUGGAGAAAAGUUUUAAAGAAAAUGAGUUGAAUCUCAAAUUUGCGUUCGACAUCUACGAGUCAAAUAUGUUCAAAACAGUCUACAGUCAUAUAAAUGAAUGCACUGUUUCCACAUUUGCAAAAGAUGAUGUUUGGAAAUCAGUAGAACUAGGAAUGAGAGUAUUUAGAGGGUGUAUUUUAGAAGAAGAUCAAACAUUUGUCAGUCCUGCAGUAUUAAUAAUGAAACAGAUUGAUGAAAACGUUUUCAAUAAAGUACCAGAAGAAAGAUCAAAUGGAUUGGUCCAUUUGAUUGCUUCUGCAGGUGCAGUAAGCAAUAAUCCAACAAUAUCCAGUGUGGCUUCAAAAGUCAUGAAGAGAAUCCAUCUAAAAUUCAGCCAUUUCAAACCUAUUUUACAAAAUAUGUUAAAUGUUGUUGAUCCAGCUGCAAAUGUUCCGAGGAAAAAGAAAAGUACAGUAUCAAUGUUGUCUUAUCAAUUAACGGAAACUGACGAGUGGAGGCUUGGUGUAGCGGUUCUUGAAUACGUACAGAGCAAAAAGAAAAUGAAGUUGGACAAUUCCUUUGUGUCACUUCUUUUCCAAAUAUUGAACAAAUGUUUAAGGUUCGAAGAACAAUCUUACGUAGAGUAUACAAAACAACUCAUUCUGUCAUCACUUUGGUACUUCUGUAAGAAGUUUGUAAAUGAAAAUGACAAGGAUCAAAUGAAGUCUCUGAAAUCUGUUUUUAAUGUCGAAUUAAUCGUGCAAUGCAUCAGAGGAACCCAAAAUCCACAAACUCACCAUCAUGCCUUGAUUCUACUGUCUCAUGCAGCAUUCAUGUUACCAGAACAAGUUCUCCACCACACUAUGGAAAUAUUCACUUUUAUGGGAUCCUCAGUACUAAGGCACGAUGAUGCCUACAGCUUCCAAAUAAUAACAAAAAUUAUAGAAACUUUAGUUCCUAUUCUAGUGAAACUGGAAAAAGAUAUUGAUGAAUAUUCGGAGAAAGAAUUACAACAGUUACAAGGUCGAGUUGUUCCAGUCCUGAGAAUCUUUGCUGAUGUCGUUUUGCAUGUGCCAGAACAUAGACGACUACCACUCUUUAAAAAAUUAAUAGAGACUCUUGGGCCUAGUCAAUUCCUUUGGGUAUUCUUGGCUUUACUCCUAGAAACGCAUGUCGCACAUUUCAAUGAAAAUAAAAAGAAAGAUAAACCACAGCAAAGAGUUCGGUCUUUGGCAGACCAAGAAUCUCCUGUAAACAGAUUAGAUUUUGGACAAAGCAUACUUUUAGAGUUUUCACCAGAAAUUGCGCUAGAAAACUUUAUAAAACUUGUUACGUACAUUAAGUCUUUGCCCUUGCACAAGGAUGAAAAUGCAAUGGAUACCGAUGUGGAUCCUGGAGAUAUAUUCAGUGUAAACGGACACACUCCAAUACAGUUACGUCAUUAUAAGUACGUCAUAGUUACGUUUAUGAAUACCUGUUUGGCUUCAUCGAGAUUUAUACAGCACAACAGUCAGGCGACAGACGUAAAACUUAUGGAAGCUCAUUACAAGUCCUUUAUUAUUAACAUACUGACGUUCAUUCAGACAAUAUCUAAGGUAACAGACGAAAAAACUGCCAAGUAUUGGCGUGUGAUGCUUCACCAUAGUUAUGAUUUGUUAGAUCAUACUAACAACUUAUUAUCAGCCCCUAUGUUUUUAUCUGUAGUCAGGGGUUUAAUGAAGCAUACAUUACAGACAGUGAGACGAAAGUCAAUGGAGCUUUUGAAUUCCAAAAUACAGUUCAGUGCCGAACUAUUCCAAGAUGUAGACAAGGAGUUGCUAUUUUCUCUACUUCCUCCGUUAUUAGAUAUUGUAAAGACUAUAGAAACAAAAGACGAUAGCCUAAGUGAAGUUGCCGCUCAAGAGCUAGAAUUAAAUCAACAAACUGCUUUACUAUCAUUGAAAUUGUUAACCAAAAUGCUUGCAUCUGAAAAUCCCGAACCUUUCAAGAGUGUUCUCGAAACAGUGACAAAUUACACUUGCAAUCCAAAUAUACCUGGUAAUGUUAUGGCUUCAGUAGUGCUAUGUCUGGCAGAAUUAUGCAGCAAUCUUAAAGCCCAUGCUUUGUCUAGUCUUAGAAAGUAUAUGCCAGCUCUGAUUAAGGUCCUCAAGAAGCAACGGAAGUCUGAGACUCCAGAAUUGGUACUUUUGAGUACAGUGACAGCAAUUUCGAAGAUUAUUGAAAGUUUACCACUAUUUUUGAGUCCAUAUUUGCAAAAGAUCUUGUACGAGUAUUCGAUUUUGUUAGCAAAAUGGCAAAGUCAAGAUCAAGACUGCAGCAAAGUUGCAGCUAUAGUUGCGAAAUUGUUAAAUAUCAAAAAGAAAAUUGCAGGAUCUAUUCCACCUAGAGUUUUAAUCCCUGUAGUUAGUGCCACUCAUCAAUUGCUACUAGAAAAAGAAAACUUUGCCGCUGUUGGUCCUGUAAUGUCUGUUUUGGCCGACAGCUUUGCGAAUGUGACUACAGCAGACUUCAGAGCUUUGCAACAAGAUUUGACAACGUUCUUCUUGACAGCGUUGCAACUACGAAGUGACUCUGUAAACAUGAACGUAGAUGCUCAGGUUGUUGACCGAGCAGAAGAUGAGGUUGUGAAUGCAUUAGUGUGUUUGAUUUUGAAGUUGUCCGAGAGUAGUUUCAGGCCGUUCUACUUCAAGAUUUACGACUUUGCAAUAAGAACUAAUGUCGGCGGGUACAAAGAGAAGACGAUUACUUUCUACAGGUUGAGCUGUGCAAUUGCUGAUAAGCUUAAGGCUCUCUUCGUACUAUUCGCUGGUCACUUCAUGAAAAACGCAUCAGAACUCCUCGAUGCCUGUAAUAAUAGCAAAACCGAAGAUCUGUACUUUGACUCAGAAGAAAAAUGUCUUAUGCUCAUCAGAUAUAUCAUCAAAACUCUUCACACCGUUUUUGUUUACGACAGUCAAAGCUUCGUGAACAAAGACAGAUUUGAGACCUUAAUGCAACCAAUUGUUGAUCAGCUUGAGAAUACUUUAGGUGGUAUCGAGAGCCUUAAAGCAAGGGCUACAGAGUACAUUAUCCCUUGCGUGUCUCAGUUUGCAGUUGCGACGGCUGAUGAUUCCUUAUGGAAACUGUUGAAUUACCAGAUAUUGUUGAAAACGAGACAUAAUGAUGCGGAGAUAAGGUUACUAGCUCUGGACUGUCUCGUUGCCAUGGCAACACAACUAGGAAGCAGUUGGCUACCUCUUCUCGCUGAAAGUGUACCAUUCUUGGCGGAAUUACUAGAAGAUGGUGAUUCCAGAAUAGAAACAUCUACAAAGGAUGCCAUCAGAAAACUUGAGCAGAUUUUAGGAGAACCUCUAGAGAAAUAUUUUUAG